GAAAUAUUGCGCGCCGAUGUGGUGCGGCGUUGCUGGCAAGGCGGCGCACCUGCACGGCGACUGCGCGAAGGCCGCCGCUGUAUUCCUGGAGCGCAGGUCGGCCCGCGUUCUUCAGAUCAGCCCGGCAGGCCGCCGGGGCAGCGGGUGCCGUGCGGGCUGGGCUCGCCAUUUUGGUGUUGCCGGGGACUCAUGGCAAUUGUGG